CUCCACUGUUGAUAGCACUCUGUUGGCCAACAUCAACAUCCCUGGCGUCUCGUUAAUAAUUUUUUUUAUAUAGUCGUUUAGCACCGAUUUUCCAUGUCUGAUUUUUAGGAGACAAGCGGAUGUGGAUUGGCCAACAUGGAGGAACUGUGCAAGCAGCCGCAGCCACCACCACCACCGCCGCCGCCCCCUCCGUCAUCCGUGUCCAUCGAGGAGCCGCCGCUGGCAAAUGGCAAGGGAGGAGGAGCAGCAGUUGUGCACCUAAUAGCUAAGCUGCCCGAGGAGGAGCUCCUCGGCUCGGUGACCAUGCACAAUUGUCCGGGAACGCGGGCCAGUGCCCGGGUCAUCCAGAAGAUGAAGCAGGACCUGACGCGACCGAUGACACCGCCGCCCAGCGAACGGGAGCCAAACAAAAAGGAAGAGAAGGCCGCCCAAAAGACGCCCAGCCAGUUAAAAACGGGCAGCGGCAAGACCACCUGGACGAAUGUCGAGCGCAACUGCUUCUUCGACGCCCUCAAUGAGUUUGGCAAGGACUUCGAGGCGGUGGCCAACUGCAUCAACGCCAAGCUGAAGCGCCGCAACAGCAACAGCGACUAUAGUUUCAAAACCAAGGACCAAGUACGCCAGCACUACUACCAGACCUAUCACAAGAUCUGCAAAUACGUGCGCUUCUCGGAUGAGCUAAAAAAGCCCGCCCAGGAGCUGUACACGCUGAUUAACUACGGCGAGAUGCGCCGCAAGCUGCAGUUCCUCACGGAGAAGCACUUCAUGAAGCUGAAGCAGCUGAUUUACCAGGGCCAGAUCACCGUGCGCUGCAAGGGCAAGAACAUCCGCAUCAAGACGCCAUCAUGCAAAGCGUUGCGGCGGCUAAAUCAAUUGGAUGACUCUCUGGAGGAUAUCCGGCUGCCCAGCAAGGUGGAGGUGCUGGUGACUCCCGCCAAUAUGGAGGCCUUUGGCCGCGUGCAGUCCCUGGCACAGAAUCCACGCGGCAGGAUUAUAGUUCCGUUGCAUAAGAAACUAAUCAGCUUCAUCAAGACGUUCGAGUACAAAUGGCGCAGCGCCAAUCAGCGUCUGCACGAGGAGAAGAGUGCCUACUUUCCCAGCAGCCUGGCUACCUCCACUACAUCCAACAAUAACAACAAUAAUAAUAACAACAACAACAAUGAAACGGAACCACUGCAGCCGGCGGUUCCAUCGCUGGAUCCCUCCAUGUGCUUCCAGCCGAGGCCGGGAGUAGCCAUCCACCGACCUUUACUCAGUAUCACCGCCUACUUAAGCAGCAUUAACAUAUGCUUGACGGCAUACGAGGAGCGCAUGGGCUUCAAAGUGCGCAGCGAGACCUUGGGUAACCUGGCCGGCAUAUCGGUGGCGGCCAGCAAGAGACCGCGGACGGAAAGCGGCUCCGAGAAGCGUUCACCGGAGACGAAGAAGCCCAAAUCGGGUGCCAGCCCGCCGCUGGAAAAGAGUUUGGACGAUGGACCCUUGCUGGAGGGUAAUCUGAUGAAGAUGGAGAAUAGCAGCGGCGAUGAGCUGGGCGAGGAGAUUCACGAGUUUCUCGGCGACAUAUUGGAGGCGCCGCCGCAUCCGCAGGCAGCCACUAUUCCACCUAUUUCAGCUCUUCCAGCUCUUCCAAUCCCUAGUGAUACAACAACUGUUGCUGUCGCGCUCGAAGCUUCCGCAGAUCCUGUGCUACAGACUGAUCCAGCCACCGCUGAUCUAUCUCAUCCACUGGCGACCACAGUGCUACAAGCUUCCUGUGCUGGCGCUCCUGCUCCUUCCACUCCUGUAUCUGGUUCGUCGUCGGCGGCACCGCCGGUUGCCCGCUCCAAACGCAAAGAAGCCAAGGAGGCGGCGGCCGCGGCACAGGCGCGAAAUUUUAAGCCCCUGCUCAGCGACGACAUCCUUAAGAGAAUCCGCAAGGGCUGGACACAGGCAAAUGCGGCGGACAUAACCAUUGGCGAUCUGUACGUGGUCUUUGGCCAGGACUCCAAGCUGGAGCUGGAGUAUUACUGGUGUGAGGUGGACAGCGCGACUGCCAUGGCACCCAGCAUACUAGCAAUCAACACCGUAACGCCAAGCUCCUCGUCGGUGGCCACGCAAACCGGCACCUCUUCUUCCAGCAACGCCACGACCACAACAACCGCAUCUUCCACCUGCUUCGUCAGCAAUGCGAGCACAACGUUGCCCUACAAUCCCAACGACUGUGAUAGCGUGGAACGCGUCAAGGCCGUCACCACGUCGUCGGUGAGCAACAAGCUGAAGCACCUGUUGCUCGUGGCCAAUCUCAGCGAGCGCGUGCGCAAGCGCCAGUGCAACUGCGGCCACACGUGCGAUCGCAAGCGGGACCUGAUGACCAAGGCGCAGCAGCUGGCAGAGGCGACGGCGGCCACCGGCGGCGUUAGCCUGGCGGAGGGCAACUUCCGCACGCCAAUGCUGCCGGUGAGGAGGCCCAUAUCCAACAUCGAUCCUGUGCGCCAGCUCUCAGCGCUCACGCGGCAAAAGAUCAGUCGCCAGGUGCUCGUGCAGCGCCGUCUCCUGCCCCCCACAUCCAUUGGCGGUCGUCCGUACGACCUGUUGAGUGUGCGCCAACUGCACAGUGGCCUUUUCGAACCGAUCGAUCGCCUCGAUGGUACCAGCUCUACUUCCAGUUCCAGUGGCAUCAGCUCCUCCGGCUCCAAACCAGAUUCCAGCAUGGGUGCGACGCUAGUUUCACAGGAUCAAGGGCCAGAGGAUCAGGGGGCGUUGGAGUUCCUCAACGACGAGGCCACGCAAGCCAGCGCUCGAGAUAUGCCCAAUCUGGACAUUUGUGUGGCCACCAGCACGACUGGCGUCAGCAGUUCCCUGACGGAGGCGGUGCAAGACGACAGCACAUCUCAAAACUUCUUCCACGGCAGCGUAAGUCCGAUGCACUUGCUCAGGGACUCAACAUCCAAUGCGCGCUGGCUGGAGGACAAUAUCAAUGACUUCUCGUUGACUUCGCUGCUGGGCCAUCUGGAUGGCAUUGAUGCCACCCGGGAUAUACUGGAUCCGUCGUCGAGCAUGUCGGUGAUCAGCGAGAGUAGCGUGGACUUUCGGCACAAGUUCCAGGAGAUCGCCGCCCUGCUGCAGCAGCAGGAGAAGGAUUAGCAGUGGAUUGGCAGUGGCAACUGCGGCAAUCCGGUCGUGUCCCCUUUGUUUAUGUACCCAAAAAAAUGCGGAACCUGAGAAGAGAGAGCCAAGGAUGAUGGGGAUCGUCCAAGCGGAUAGCCACGUGUGCCUCCAAGCCUACACAUAUGCGCAUAUCUCAAUGAUAUUAUUCAUAAUACCCCGCACGUUAUACCCCCACUUACAUUUAUGUUUUUACGCGACUUUUUGUGAUCUAUACUCAUUUUAUGUAUGCCAAGUAUUAGCAAGCACUCACAUUGUCUGAACAUAUAUAUUUAUUUAUACAUUAACUCUAUGUAUCACGCGAACGCGAACGUGAACGCGAAGCUCCCACAUUUUUAAUUCUCAACCCAUUUGUUUGUUACCCGCUCGCACACUCGUUCCGCACUACUCUAAUUGGUUUCUAGCGCCUAAGUUGCCUAAGUUCGAUUCAGCAUAGUUUGUAGCCCUAAAUCGCCAAAACCCUCACAGCAAAUCCCAAUCAAAACUUCCAUAUGUAUAGAGAUUCUCCACCUGAUAAACUAAAGCUCACAUUAAAUCAAAAAUCGAAAUCCCCUCAAAAGA